AUGGACUUCGUCAACCUGCUGCUGUUUUGCCUGAUGUCGUGCGUGAUCGGCGCCGUCGUGAUGCUGCUGAUCCAGUACUACGCGUUCGUGCGGUACUUCCGGCUGCCGGAACUGGACCAACAGGAGGAGGACCAACGAAAGUCGGCCUUCAGCGAGCGAUACGUUCUGCCUGACACGUUGCUGGAAAACAUCAAGGCGCCCGAUCAGGAGAGCAAAUCCACAAUAAUGGCGAUCAAUCUGAUACUGCAAUUUCUGUACUUCGAGCUGCGGCAGUCUAAUCGCGUACGCAAGUGGUUCCAUCGGAAGCUAUCACUGGAGCUGGAUGAGCUGAUAAGUAAGACGACGACGGGCAAGCUGUUUGACAAGCUUACGAUCCGAGAUCUCGAUUUGGGUAGCCAGUUUCCGGAGAUAAAAAACUUCCGCUUGCAUGCCGUCGAUCUGCACCCGGACGAAGGACACAUCGAGAGUUUGGACGUGCUGCUGGACCUGCAUUACGAGGGUAACUUCCGGCUGACGAUCGACGCUGACAUGGUGUUGGGAAAGAAAGGCUCGUUGGCGUUACGCGUGAAGCAAGUGUCCGGUUUGGCGCGGUUACAGUUCACCCGCAAGCCGUACACACACUGGUCGCUAAGUUUUAUCAACGAUCCGAAGGUGGAACUGGACGUGCAAUCGCACUUCCAGGGUCGCCAGAUGCAGUCCAACAUUACUAGCCUCAUCUCGAACCAAAUAAGAAAGGCGAUCCGUAGAAAGCACACGCUUCCCAAUUACAAACUAAGAUAUAAACCAUUUUUCCACCGCGUGGAAGAGGAUUACGAUAUGAACGAAAUCAUUCCGAACGGUACGCUGGAAGUGACAAUCGCGGAGAUAUCGCGACUAAACGCUCCGAUACGUACGUUGUCCCACGUCUACUGUACGCUUACGUUGGCACACAUGCCAUGGGUAGUGGCACGUCAGCAAGAGGAUCAAAACGUCAUGAUCGUGUCACUGGAUGUCGAAAUUCACAAGGCCAAGAACCAGCAGUUUGGGAUCGUGUUCAAGCAGAUGGAACAGACCGUGCUGAUCGACGCCGUCAUACCGAACACGCCAGCUUCGAAGGCUGACCUACGGCGGGGUGACGUGCUGCUGUCGAUACAGGGCAAGCGCGUGACCAACAUCAGCCAGGUGCCGAAGGUGAUUAAGGCCCUUAAUCGGCCGAUGUUUGUGUUGCGUAUCGAGCGGUUAGUUCCGGGACAGAUCAAAAACGAUGCCCUGCUGGACGAUAUCGAGGCUGAUUUCGAAGAGAUAGAUCCUAACUUAAACAUCACCUUUGUGAAAAACGUGGAGGCGGUGCAAAUCGGAGGUACUGUCAGUAGCGGCAGUAGUACGGGACUACGCGAGAGAAAGCUUGUGCGCCGUAACUCAAAGGAUAACAGUGGCGGUGAGUCAAGCCACUCGAACACUCCAGGCACGACGCCAGUGAAAAAGGCGUCCAUUGCACCAGUGAGCCCGCUAGAACCAACGCCCAGGAGUAGCUUCUCCGAUCCGUCAGGUAGUGGCGCAGGAAAGACGAAAGCGAACGUGGACGGCUACCCUCAACAUUCGUCCAUCGACGCGGAAUUCAAUUCAUUUAUCCGGUUGGAUGAUCCGUGCACCUUCCAGUUGAUGGAAAACUACUCCUACCUUAAUUUGAGCGUGUUCGGUAAGAACAGUGACGAAAAUAGACUGCUGGGUUAUCUCAACAUCCCGAUCAACAGUAUUCUGCUGGAGUGCAACGAAUCUCACCUGGGCCAUCACUUGAAAAAGUAUCCCUUGCUGCCUCCGGAAGCAAUCGAUGUCUCGAACCAUCCGCUUUCCAUGCAGUCAGGAUUCGAUCAGAACUACUGCUAUGGUGAUGUGCUGCUGUCUUUCGUGUGGAACGGAAGCGCGAUCAGUCUUGGCAGUUCUUCGGGCAGCAAAAUGACGAAUGCGGAUGGAAAGAAGCAGAAGCUGAUCACCAUCAGUCGAGGGUCGGCUGAUAGGUUGGAUGACGAUCGAAUGGAUGGUGUACUGGAUGGGAAAUCCGCUGGAAUGGGCUCCGCAACCGCAACAGUUCAAGUUCAGCAACCGCAACCACAGCAGCAGCAGCAGCACGAUUUCAUCCGAACGCAUUUCCACCGCACGACGCAGUGUGAUUACUGCGGGAAGAAAAUAUGGCUGAAGGACGCCGUGCAGUGUCGUGAUUGUGCUAUGUGCUGCCACAAAAAGUGCAUCAACAAGUGUCAAAGCUCUACCAUAUGCACCGCUAACGAAGCAGCCACGGCGGCGGCGGCCGAUCGGCCGUCGUCCUCGUCGUCGGCGACAACUCCCGGUGGAUCAUCCGGUGCGGGUGUGUUACAGCCGGAAUUCAAACUAACCGAGCCCGAAUCUCCCACAAUAGAGGUGGAGGACUUUGUGGACAUAGUCGAGGAGCAACAGAUGGUGCCGAAAUCGAAGCUCGAAACUCAUCGCCAGAGUUUUAGCGACCUGCUGGUGCAAGGCCUGAAGCGCGUCAAUUCGGCCAACAACCUCUCGAUCCCGACGAUGGCCGGGUUGAAUCCGAGCAGCAAAAGCCUACCACCGACACCGCAGCACACGCCACGCAAACAAUCGCUGGCCAACGUGAAUGCGAAUCCUUUCCUGCUGGUGACGCAGCGUCUCGAAAGCUUGCCCGAAGACGUCGGCGAACUGAACAUGGAGCAACUCGUCGAUUUGACGGCUCCCCUGAUCGAGUACGGCCCGUCCGACACGCUGAUGGCGCUGGCGAAGAGCACCAGCAAGACCAUGUACGGCGAAUGCGAGCCUGACGUGCGAACGGAGAAGAUCAACAAGCUGCUUUCCAAACUGCACAUAGCGCUGGAUUACGAAACCAUCAACCAGUCUGUGCUGAACGCGACCAAGGACAGUAGUAGUAGUAGUGGUAGUAGUGUCGGAGGUGCUAACCCAAACAGUAAAGAUAUCGCCGAUGGAAAAGCGAAGUCUGCAGUGGAGCAGCAACACGAUGGCACAAGAUCGGCCUUUCUGGCGGGUCAGUCCGAAGAACGGGUCCAAGCACUGAGCAUCAUCAUGCUGCACCUGUGCUCUGGACUGCAGUACGUCCAGGGUAAUCUAGGUCAAUGAGAAUAGCAUUUGCUUCGGCAGUACUCGCUGGGCUCGGCAAUGCUAGAACCGGUCGGUACUACCAGCGGCAGGUUUCCGAUUCGUCGCCAACGAACGCAGUUCG